AAACGAAAUAACAUUCAUUCCCACAGAUUCGCAAUCUUCAUACGCAAGAGUGCAGGAGACGGAAGCAAGGAGCACCAGGCAGAUUGAGCGAGAAGAUUGAGCAGACGGUCCAGAUGGCAGCCCGUGCACUCCUGAUCCUGGCAUUGGGCGCCCUGCUGUGCGCCGGACCCGCAGCCGCGGCGCGCACGCUGCAGCAGACCGCAGACGCCAGCCUCAUCGCUGACGCCCUCAACUCAGUGGCGGCCGACCCACCCACCGCUGCCGCCCUCGUCAGCACACUGGUGGACACCACAGGGAGCACCGCCAACUUCACUGACCUGCUGAACCAGGCGGUGAGCGCGAUCGGCGGCUACCGAAGCGUGGUGCAGGACCAGCUGCCGGCGCCGGUGUCAUCCCUGAAUGACCUGAAGGGAGUCAACGGACUGGACACGGCUCUGGCCGCGCGCGCCGCCACCUACGUCAUCCAGCAGCUCGGCGAGAACAAGUACCAGCAGGUGGUGGACGGCCUGAAGGCGCUGCUGAACCCGAGCGGCGCGUCCACCCCCAGCUACAUCAGUGCCUUCGACUCGUACAACACCGCGCUCGCUUUUGUGCAGGCGCUCGGCCACACCCAGGACUCCAACGGCGACACCGUUGCGGUAGCGGACUCGUUCCUGGCAGGGCUUGAGGGGGCCGCGCAGAGCUGCAUCACCUCUCUGCCCAGCCUCAACGGCGCGCCGGAGGCCACCGCCGUCACCGACCAGCUCAACAAGUGCUGCCCCGUCAUCAAAAAGACUCUGGAUGACGCCAACACUCUGGCAGGCAAGUCAGGCCUGGUCAAUUUCCUGGUGAGCGAGCAGAGCAAGUAUGACAUCGUUUCCAAGUGCUCAAAGCAGCCAACGUCCUGAGCGUGCAGCAGCCUUUGCAUUCAAUGUUUUAGAGUAAAUAUUUGAUUACUGGGGAACAUGAUCCGCCUCACAGCUGCCAGUAAUGGAGUACCGGUGAGGUGUUGAACUGCCUGAGCUGCACUGCAGUUGAUUUUACGUGGCAUUGUGCAAUUCCUCUUUAAUGGGCAGAUCAACUUUCUGCACAAGCAAUGUCAGCGUCUGCAGAAUUUUUGCUGUGUUUGGAGAGCAAUCGUGCUCUUGAAAACAUGAUUGUCAUAUGGGGUGGGAGAGAGUUGAACUGAUGUGAUUUGUGAAACUCGUGCAAUAUUACGGUUGUGCUAACGAAUGUGGGCUUACUUGAAUUUGAUGUGUGCGUUGCACAGAAAUAGCAGAGUUUGUUUAUGCAUGGUCAAGAACACAGGGGCUGUGCAACUGUCAGAAUAAGCGGUGUCGGAUUCUCUUUGUGCAAAGCUUAUGACCCCAGCAUUUUCUGUUUGAUCUUUCUGCGAGUCUGCCAAAUGGCGUGUGAAGCAUUUCUUGUGUUC